GGACCCUGGCCCCUGUGUGAGGGGGCCGCGCUAGGGGAUCCCGGGAGGGGUCAGGGCCCUAUAUUGUCCAGGCUCCUCCCCCCUCGGGGAGCCCGGGCUCCUCCUCCUCCCCACCCCCUGGGUUCUCUCACUGCUGCGGGGCACGGGACCCGGGCCGGCUCCGGCACACAGACACUGCUUUAAGACAAAGACAUCAUGGAUAAAUAUGAAAUUAUUAAAAUGAUUGGGGAAGGAGCCUUUGGCAAAGUAUUCUUAGCAAAAGGAAAGGUAGAUAACCACCAAUCUGUUAUCAAAGAGAUCAAUUUAACAAAGAUGCCUGUGAAAGAAAAAGAAGCAUCUCAGAAAGAAGUAAUUCUUCUGGCUAAGAUGAAGCACCCAAAUAUAGUAACAUUCUACAGUUCUCUUCAAGAAAAGAAUAAGCUAUAUAUUGUGAUGGAAUAUUGUGAUGGAGGUGAUCUAAUGAGACGGAUCAAUAUGCAACAUGGAGUGCUGUUUGAUGAGGACCAGAUUCUGGCUUGGUUUGUGCAGAUUUCCUUAGGACUGAAGCAUAUUCAUGACAGGAAGGUUUUACACAGAGACAUAAAAGCACAGAACAUUUUCCUUAGCAAUAAUGGAAUGGUAGCAAAGCUUGGGGACUUUGGCAUAGCAAGAAUGUUGAACAAUACUAUGGAGCUUGCUCGUACCUGUGUAGGGACACCCUACUAUCUAUCGCCUGAGAUCUGUAAGAAUCGACCAUAUAACAAUAAAACAGAUAUUUGGUCUCUUGGCUGUGUUCUCUAUGAGCUGUGCACUUUAAAGCACCCGUUUGAAGGCAGCAGUUUACACCAGCUGGUGCUGAAGAUCUGCAGAGGACAUUUUAUCCCAGUGUCUCCAAAGUAUUCCUAUGACCUGAGGAUUUUAAUUUCCCAACUGUUUAAAAUAUCUCCAAGAGAUCGACCAUCUAUCAAUUCCGUAUUAAAGAAGCCCUUCUUGGAGAAGCGCAUCACCAACUACUUGCCCCCUGAGGUAAUACAGGAAGAAUUCAGCCACACUGUUAUACAUAAAAAAAGACCAUCAGCACAGCCUGCAGCCAAGUUGGUGCAGGUUCCUAAACUUCAAAAAGUGAGAGUCCAGGACCAUCAUCCUCCAAGAUCCAGGAUGGUGGCACCUGUCAAGAAACAGGAAUUAUUACAUAGUAAUGAAUGGAAACCUCCUUCAAGAGUCCAGCAACCUAUUGCCCAGCAUUGGCGCUCCAGAUUUAAGAUGGCAGAAAGGCCAGAAGCUGCCAGAGUACAUGGACAUUAUGGUCAUUACUAUGAUAAACUUGACAACUUGCAGAAGAGACUUUAUGUACAAGAUGACCUUUCUCACAUCAACCAAAGAGUCGAGGAAUAUUAUAAACAGAAAGGACAAGUUGCACCACCCCCACCUGAGUGGCCCGCAGAGUAUCUUCAAAGACAGCUCGAAGCCCAGCAAUACAAGAUGAAAGUGGAAAAGCAGUUGGGACUGCGACCAUCCUCUGCUGACCCACAUCAUAACCAGAUCCAGAAUCAGGAAGUGAUGGAAGAGCAGCUCAAAGACCAUCAGAGGGAUCUGGCUAGAAGGAAUGAAAUGAAAGAAGAGGAAUACCUGAAACAAUUACAGAAAAUUCGGCAACAGUACCACAGUGAUGUAAAAGAACUUAGAUUCAAAGCAGGAGUACUGCAGGAGAAACCGCAAAUAAAAGACAAAACUUAUCUUGUGAAACAAGGGAAUGCUGGGUGCCAGCCCGAUCCAAAAGAUACUCCUGGAAGAAGAGAAGAACCAGUCCAGGAUAUUGAAGAAAACUUGAAACAUAUCAGACUACAGAACUGGCAAGAGAGAAGAGUCCUGGAAAAGAAACAUAAAACAAAGGGAGGAGUAAAAUUUGAAAUUAAUUUAGAUGCAUGUGUUCCUGAGGAAGAUACUGUGCAAGAAGAGGAACUAGAUAAACUUAAUGAGACGUUAACUUUUGAGGAUGGUGAGAAUCUUAAGGAGAAAUGGAUGAAGAUCUAUGAAGAUUACACACAAAAAUCUUUGGAAGAACUUUGCUCUCCAGAAGCAGAGGCUGGCAAUAUAGAUAAUGCCAUGGAAAUCAGAAAACAAUGGCAAGUUAGAGUCCCACAGACUCUCCUGGAUUUUCUAGCUGAGGCAGAUGUCACAUCUGUCUGCCCUACAAUGGCUGAAAGUGAACUUGCUGGCCAGGUGGUUGUCGUACCUGAAGAAACCCCAGAAAACAGGAAACAGUGGAAACAAGAAGCACCUGGCACACUGCUGAGUAUCUUAGCGAAAGCAGAACUAUCUAAUGACUCCUUUGGCUGGACUGAAGAGGAAUCUGCAGGGACACUGUCACCCUGGCCGCCAAAAGAGAGUAAGGAAGAUAAUGCAGAAGCAGGCUCCACUAUCGAUACCGAUGAAAACAGACUUGAGCCAAGAUCGGAUGAUGAUGACACGAACUUUGAAGAAUCUGAAGAUGAAUUGAGGGAUGAACUGGUGGUAUCACUAGAAAAAGCGAUAACUUCUCUGGCAGAGGAAGUCAGAGAGGUGCCAAUCCAGUCAGCGAACAAAGACGAACCAGAAGAAGAGAAAGACAGGUUAGCUAGUGAAAUACCUGGGAAACCUGAUGAGAUUUUAGACAGAAACACUGAUCCAUUUACUGCUGACAUAUGUAAUGGAGAAGGCAGUCAGGAAGCAGCACUCAGCUAAAAUAGGAGGUUGACUGCUGUUUCAAGACUUUCAUAAGUUGCUGGAAGAUACAGCCAUAGCAGGGCCAAUAUUUUAAAAAUGGGGGCCUAAAGUUAGGUUCUUCAAUCCAUAUUUAGGCACCUGAAGUGGCGGCCUGCUUUUCAAAAUGCUGAGCACUCAUUUGAAGCAAAUGGGAGCUGCUGGGCAUGCUGCACUUUUAACAUUCAGGCUACUUAUUCAAGUGGCUAAAAUUAAUCUUUUUUAAAAAUCUUGGGCUAAAAUGAAAAGCAAACUCAGCUUCUGCUUAUAUCUUUACUCAUCUACACUGCCUCUCUCUAUCCACUCUUUAGUACAUUCCUGACUCUUUUAUCUGUUCCACAUGACAGAAUUGCACUCUUCUGGUUAUCUACUCCCCUUCCCCCAAAUCCAUCUGUUUUGUGAAGCUUUCCAGUCAUUAUAUGUUGUCCUGUGCAGCUUGUAGCUCCUGCUAGUAAGCCAUUAAGAGACAGGAACCCAUAGUUUGACUUGCACAGCUCUUAUUUUAUAUAGCAUCAGGUACACUUAAACUCUUUUAUAAUGAUUAAUAAUAGCAGCAAAGGUUACUAGUACCCCUAGUAUGUUAUGUAUCUGAAUUUCUAAUUAAAAGUACCAUUAUGCAAAAAAUUUGACAACUGGAACAUGGUAAAGAGUUAUUCCAGCUGUCAUUUUCUCCUAUCCUCUCAAAUUUUAGAUGUAAGCUGUCUGGAUACUAUUUAAAUGGAAGGAACACAAAUAAUAAAACUUUUUGAUUUUAAUAGUU